AUGACAUGUUUCCUGUCAAGAUGGCGGAUAAUCUCCCUUCGGAGUUUGAUGUGAUCGUAAUAGGGACGGGUUUGCCUGAAUCCAUCUUUGCAGCUGCAUGUUCAAGAAGUGGCCAGAGGGUUCUGCAUGUUGAUUCAAGAAGCUACUAUGGAGGAAACUGGGCCAGUUUUAGCUUUUCAGGACUGUUGUCCUGGCUAAAGGAAUACCAGGAAAAUAGUGACAUUGUGAAGGAAAGUCCAGUGUGGCAAGAGCAGAUCCUUGAAAAUGAAGAAGCCAUUUCUCUUAGCAGGAAGGACAAAACCAUUCAACAUGUGGAAGUAUUUUGUCAUGCCAGUCAGGAUUUGCAUGAAGAUGUCGAAGAAACUGGUGCACUGCAGAAAAAUCACGCUUCUCUGACAUCUGCGAACUCCACAGAAGCUGCACGUUCUGCCGGCCUGCCUACAGAAGAUGAGUCAUUAAGUGCUGAGAGCUGUGAAAUGCCCACAGAACAAACUCCAAGCAGUCACCCAGAAAGUGCCCUAGAAGUGAGUGAGGUCAAAAAGACAGGGGAGAAAGAAAAUCACUGUGAUGAUGAAACUUGCGCGCAGUCAAUUUCAGAAGAAGAAACAAAUGAAAAUGUGCCUACAGCAGAAGACAUUUCAGAGCAACCACAGAAAAGUAGGAUUACUUACUCUCAAAUUAUUAAAGAAGGCAGGAGAUUUAAUAUCGAUUUGGUAUCGAAGCUCCUGUAUUCACGAGGACUGCUAAUUGAUCUUCUAAUCAAAUCUAAUGUGAGUCGAUAUGCAGAGUUCAAAAAUAUUACCAGGAUUCUUGCAUUUCGAGAAGGAAGAGUGGAACAGGUUCCUUGUUCCAGAGCAGAUGUUUUUAAUAGCAAACAACUUACUAUGGUAGAAAAGAGAAUGCUAAUGAAGUUUCUUACAUUUUGUCUGGAAUAUGAGGAACACCCUGAUGAAUAUAAAGCUUAUAAGGACAUUACAUUCUCUGAAUAUUUAAAAACUCAAAAAUUAACCUCCAAUCUCCAAUACUUUGUCUUGCAUUCAAUUGCAAUGACAUCAGAAAUAGCCAGCAGUACCAUAGAUGGUCUCAAAGCUACCAAGAACUUUCUUCACUGUCUUGGACAGUAUGGCAACACUCCAUUUUUAUUCCCUCUUUAUGGCCAAGGAGAACUCCCUCAGUGUUUCUGCAGGAUGUGUGCUGUGUUUGGAGGAAUCUAUUGUCUUCGUCAUUCAGUACAGUGCCUUGUUGUGGACAAAGAAUCUGGAAAAUGCAAAGCAAUCAUAGAUCAGUUCGGUCAGAGAAUAAUCGCUAAGCAUUUCCUUGUGGAAGACAGUUACUUUUCUGAGAACACGUGCUCGAAUGUGCAAUACAGGCAGAUCUCUAGGGCAGUCCUGAUUACAGAUAGAUCUGUACUAAAAGCAGAUUCUGAUCAACAGAUUUCUAUUUUGACAGUGCCAGCAGAGGAACCAGGAACUUUGGCUGUUCGGGUCAUUGAGUUAUGUUCUUCCACAAUGACAUGCAUGAAAGGCACAUAUUUGGUUCAUUUGACUUGUACAUCUUCUAAAACAGCAAGAGAAGAUUUAGAACCAGUUGUGCAGAAAUUGUUUGCUCCAUAUACCGAAACGGAGAUAGAAAUUGAAGAAGUUGAAAAGCCAAGACUUCUGUGGGCUCUUUACUUCAAUAUGAGAGAUUCUUCAGAUGUCAGCAGGAACGCUUAUAAUGAUUUACCAUCCAAUGUUUAUGUCUGCUCUGGCCCAGACUGUGGUUUAGGAAAUGAUAAUGCAGUCAAACAGGCUGAAACACUUUUCCAGAAAAUCUGUCCCAAUGAAGACUUCUGUCCACCUCCACCUAAUCCUGAAGACAUUAUCCUUGAUGGAGAUAGUUUGCAACCAGAAGCUUCAGAAUCCAGUGUCAUACCCAAGGCCAACUCCAAGACUCCCAAGGAAAAUGCAAACCUGGGAAAUCCACAGAUGCCCUCUGAAUAAUGGAUAUAUACCAAACAGGAUACUCCACUUUGGAAAUUCUUCCUGGCCUCAGAGUCUUCUUGAUGGAAGAACUGUUCGAAAAAUGUUAGAAAAUAGCAGCUAUUUGACAUGCAGAAUUGCCAAGAGAAACAGGUCAUAGAAAUCCAAAAGGGGAUUUUCCUUAAAGAGGACAUUCCAAAAACACAAAACACUUGUAAAGCACAUUGACUUGCCUGCUUUAAGAUACCACACCUGUGGAAUUAGCAGAUUAAAAAUUAUAAUAAAUGGAUUGAUUCCCAGGAAGUUAGCUGUGGAUAUGAAAGUGAUCCUGUGCAUUGUUAAUAAUUCUGUGGUAUUGGACAGCUGUUGCUUGCCACUUUGGAUCUUUGUUUGAAAGCCACAUCUUCAGAAUCUGCUCACAUAUUUCCUUUGAUUAUUUGAAUUAUAUUUUCUUUAUGGGUAGGCAUGUCAUGACAUAAAUUAUAAAAGCAUAUGUAAAUGCAGUUAAGAAAAACUAAAAUAUGAUCUAUGUAGAAAUCUAUGUUUGCAAUAGAGGUUUGUUUUAUUUUCUAUCUUGGAAGUGUUGAAAAUACUAAUAUUAAAGUAGACAUUUUUACAAGCAAA